GCCAACUCCAGCAGCACCACUGUCCAUCAGUACCACCAGCAGAAUCUCAGUAACCACAACCUUAUUCCAGCCCCAAAUUGGCAGGGUCUUUAUCCCACCAUUAGAGAGAGAAAUGCGGUGAUGUUCAAUAAUGAUGUGAUGGCAGAUGUACAUUUUGUGGUUGGGCCACCAGGUGGGACUCAGCAGUUGCCAGGACACAAAUAUGUUUUAGCUGUUGGGAGCUCGGUGUUCCAUGCAAUGUUUUACGGAGAACUUGCCGAAGACAAAGGUGAGAUCCGUAUACCAGAUGUCGACCCUGCUGCUUUUCUCGCUAUGCUGAAAUACAUCUAUUGUGAUGAAAUGGACUUGGCUGCUGUCACAGUCUUGGCCACUCUUUAUGCUGCCAAAAAGUACAUCGUCCCUCACCUCGCCCGGGCCUGCGUCAACCUCCUGGAGACCAGCAUGAGCGCCAAGAACGCCUGUGUCCUCCUGUCCCAGAGCUGCCUGUUUGAGGAGCCGGGCCUGACCCAACGGUGCUGGGAGAUGAUCGACGCGCAGGCCGAGCUCGCCCUCAAGUCUGAGGGGUUCUGUGAUAUUGACUUCCAGACACUAGAAAAUAUCCUCCGCAGGGAAACUGAAUGCCAAAGAAAUGUGGUUUUCGAGGCAGCUCUCAGCUGGGCUGAAGUGGAAUGCCAGCAACAAGAUCUGGCUUUGAGCAUUGAAAACAAGCGCGGAGUGCUCGGGAAGGCGCUUUACUUGAUCCGCAUCCCGACCAUGGCCCUGGACGAUUUUGCAAACGGUGCCGUGCAGUCCGGAGUCUUAACUCUGAACGAGACCAACGACAUCUUCCUCUGGUACACCGUGGCCAAGAAGCCCGAGCUGCAAAGCCCAAGGGGCCUCGUCCCCCAGCGCUGCCACCGUUUCCAGUUGUGCGCCUACCGGAGCAACCAGUGGCACUACCGGGGCCGCUGCGACAGCAUCCAGUUCGCCGUCGACAAGAGGGUGUUCAUCGCGGGCUUUGGGCUGCACGGCUCCAGCUGCGGCUCGGCCGAGUACAGCGCCAAGACCGAACUCAAGCGGCAGGGCGUCGUCCUGGGGCAGAACUUGAGCAAGUACUUCUCAGACGGCUCCAGCAACACCUUCCCCGUGUGGUUUGAGUACCCAGUGCAGACUAAGCAGGACACCUUCUACACGGCCUGCGUGAUCCUGGACGGCAAUGAGCUCAGCUACUUUGGACUGGAAGGCAUGACGGAAGUUCAGUGUGGCAAAGUCACCGUCAACAGCACCGGGGUGCAGGGGCGGCAGAUCCCCGAACUUAUAUUCUACGCUUGA